AUGGGUGGGAAUAGCCGCGCUACGACACGUCGUGCAAAGAAACGAACGCAAGCGGGAGAAGUGACUGCAUCUUGUUAUACUGGAUCUCUUGUUUCAAGCUCUAGAACGUCUCCGAAGCGUCAGGAACAGAGAUUUGAUGACAGCGACUUGGACUCGUUGGACGAUACGAAUCGAUCGGUGGUCAUCCCGCUACCGUCGCUAGAGGAUGGAGAUAAAGUAAGCGACUUUGUGAAGGACUUGGAGAAGAAACAGAUGGGCAAACGGGCGCGUGCAGAUGCGGAGCAGUAUGCUGUGGACCAGCGAAAGAAGAGAUAUAGAGAAGAGAAGGCCGAGAAGAUCGUGUGGCGUAAAUUUGACCGAGAGAAUUGUGCUUUUGAGACGUUCUAUGGACGUUGUUUGGGUCUCGAAAGUGAUGAGUUUGCACGCUUCUUGGCAUGCUUGAGAGAGCCGCUACCGGUGCAUCUGCGUGUCAAUGGGAAUUAUACGAGUUUGAGUGAAAUCGUGACAGGGACAUUGGAGCUGGACUUUAAUCUGAAGAAAGUGACAGUGCCAACGCCUGUGGGAGGUGGUGAGAUGCAAGUACAAUUUGCACCUGAGCCGUGGGCUCCAGAGAAAAGAUUGUGGAAACUGUCGGUGGAUAGCAAGACAUUUCGAAAGAUGGAAGAACUGCGACCGCUUAGUACGUAUGUGCGUGCUCAAGGAUCACUGGGUACACUUCUCCGACAAGACCCUGCUGCUACUGUGCUACCGGCGUUUUUGGAUAUCCAGCCUGGUCAACGCAUUCUGGAUCUUUGCGGUGGUGGUGAACAUCGUGCUCCUAUUGUGAAGGAGUAUCUGUGUCCUUUCUCUCCCGCUAGUGCUGGAAUUGAGGCCAGAUCCAAUGCAACAAGCUUGCUAGUUGUAAAUGAACGCGACACCACGGCAGCGGCGUCAGCGGUACGGAAUUUGACGCGAACACUGCCACUUGCGCGCGAGCUUAUCGUGACGACACAUAAACCAGAGGAGUUCCCUACUCCGGAGGAUGCUGAUGCUCUGUUUGACCGUGUCAUUUGCUGUGCUCCGUGCUCUGGAGAUGGUCUGAUUCGCAAGCUUCCGGAGAAGUGGCGUACGUGGAGUCCUGAGCAAGCGCUGGCACGCCAUCCCAGCCAAGUGGGCCUAGUGGAACAUGCUCUUGCUCUACUACGUACUGGUGGUGUGUUGCUGUACAGCACACGAUCGCUGAGCCCGAUCGAGGACGAGGCAGUGAUAGCUGAGCUGCUUCGCCACUCGAAGGGUGCGCUGGAACUUGUUGAUACCAACGAGGUUCUAAAAGGACUGCAGCGCUCGCAUGGCACAACCAAGUGGGACGUUCUUGACGUAGCGUCUUGGAACGAUGCUCCAGAGCAUCAGCGGCAUCGUCUCCGUCCGUCCAUGUGGCCCCCGACAUCUGAAGAGCGUGAUGAGAUGCACCUCGAGCGCUGUGUCCGUGUGUUGCCUCAUCACAACGAUACUCACGGACUCUUUCUCGCAGUCAUUCGUAAGGUUCGUGAAACCGUUUGUGUUUCUGCUGCUGUAGGACCUGCCCCACCUCCUCCACCGAAAACCAAGGCCAAGACAGCUACGUCCAAGAACAAAAAGCAAGUGAAAGCUGAAAAGCCGUUUGGGUGUUUUGCCACCAUUGACAAGAAGCACUUGUCAUCAAUUCGGUCAUUCUUCGGACUUCGUAGCAAUUCAACAUUUCUGGAGCGCACCGGUAUGGCUCGUCAACAUGGUGCAGUUCACGUGGUGACGCCUGCAGCUGCAAAGCUCGUGACUUGUCAGCUUCGUGGACGGUUAAGUAUCUAUCACGCUGGCGUGUUUGUGCUAAAACCUGGAACUGGAGCAGAGACCGUAUCCGAUAAGCUUACCGAUGAUGGGGCUCGAGCAUUGCUACCUGAGAUGAAUGCUCGGGUGUUGAGCUUGCCGCAAGAUGAGUUUACAUCUUUGUUGGAAUCACGCGAAAUGUGGCUAAAGAAUGCUGGAAAACACGCUCGUGAGCAGCUAGCUGACAUGACCGAGGGUAGCUUUGCUGUGGUGCUGGAUGACAUGGAACCUGCUCAAACAGGUGAUCGAGAUAUCGUGCUAACAGCUGUGAAACGGCACAAUUCGUGCUCAAUCGUGUCAUCUCCUGCAGCAAUUGCACGUAUUAAAGCAUUGUUAGAGGAGCUCAAUGAUGCAGAUGGAGAGAACGAAGAUGGCUACAGUUCAUUUGAGUUUGAAGACGAGUGA